AUGGAGGAGAAGGCCCUCGAGACCAUGGGAGAGAAUAAAGCGUCCUAUAUGAUGAAGGAUGCGAUCGGGUCAAUGCCUGCUUCUGACCAGAAGGAGGUCAAGGAGGUGCAGCAGGGUCUGGGCAAUCUCACUGGUGGUGCUCUCCAGAAUCCCCUUGGCAAAUUUGCAGGCAAUACUGGUGAUGAUGCGACCAAGGAUUUUACCGGUCGUUGA